GUUGAGGGGGUACUUGUGGAUGUCCAUUAAAUCAAAGAUAAUGGGCGGGGCCAGUGGGCCACGUGUGUGUGUAAACAGAGUUACCAAGCUCUUGGUGGCGUCCUUUUCUCCAUGUUUUCUCACACUCACUAGUAGUCACGACAAAUUAAAAUAGGACGCAUUAACCAGCGAAAUGAAUCAAUUUUUCAGGCCAAUCAAAUCGUUUUCGGUGUUGCGUGCCUUGGCCUUAAGGAGAACGUACGGCACAGCAUCAGGUCUGAAUGAUGUCGUGAUUGUGAGUGCCGUGCGUACACCCGUGGGUUCCUUCAGGGGGACCUUAGCCAGCUUGUCUGCUCCCCGAUUAGGAACUGCAGCUAUUCAGGCAGCAAUCCAGAAAGCAGGCAUCCCCAAUGAGGAAGUCAAGGAGGUUUACAUGGGGAACGUACUGCAAGCGGGGGAAGGCCAGGCACCUACCAGGCAAGCAGCCCUAGGAGCUGGUCUUCCACUCAGUACGCCCUGCACCACCAUCAACAAGGUCUGCGCGUCUGGAAUGAAGGCUAUCAUGAUGGCAGCACAGAGCCUCAUGUGUGGACACCAGGAUGUCAUGGUAGCUGGUGGUAUGGAAAGCAUGUCCAAUGUACCCUUCCUGAUGCCACGGACAGAGCCCACAUAUGGAGGUCAACGUAUUGAGGAUGCCAUAGUGAAAGAUGGACUGUGGGACGUGUACAACAAGAUUCACAUGGGCAACUGUGGGGAAGACACUGCCAAGAAGUUGGACAUCUCAAAAGCAGAGCAAGAUGAAUAUGCUAUGGGCUCCUACAAGAAAAGCCAGGCCGCAGGGGCUUCUGGUGUUUUCCAGAAAGAGAUCAUCCCUGUUAACGUGCCACAAAAGAGGGGAAAGCCAGAUGUUGUGGUGUCAGAGGACGAGGAGUGCAGCAGAGUCAACUUUGACAAGUUCACCUCCCUCAAAGCAGUCUUUGAAAAGGACGGUACGAUAACAGCAGCCAAUGCCAGCACACUGAAUGACGGCGCAGCAGCGAUGGUCCUCAUGACAUCACAGGCUGCAGAGAGACUCGGCGUCAAGCCACUCGCUAGAAUCCUGGGUUUUGCUGAUGCAGCUGUUGCUCCUAUAGAGUUUCCGCUCGCGCCCGCCUAUGCCAUGCCCAAGGUGUUGGAGCAGACGGGUGUCAAAAUGGAGGACAUCUCAAUGUUUGAGAUCAACGAAGCCUUCAGCGUUGUCGUCCUGGCAAACAUUAAACUCCUGGGAUUGGAUGCCAGUAAGGUCAACAUCAACGGUGGCGCGGUCAGCCUUGGGCAUCCGAUAGGGAUGUCCGGAGCGAGGAUCACGGGUCACAUGGUACACAACCUGAAGCCUGGCGAGAAGGGCCUAGCUGGGAUCUGUAACGGAGGGGGCGGAGCCUCGGCCAUCCUGAUAGAAAAAUUGUAGGAGCCUCGACCAUCCAGAUUGAAAAACAGUUGGGGAGGGGGAAUUCCACAUGACGACACAUGGAGUGUUAUGUGCUUGUGUCCAUGUAGCUCCAUAGUCCGAUGCAGUAUGCAUGAAAAACAAACACACAGAAUUGUACAUUUGGAAGGAACAUACAUGUACACUGCAAAAUAAAUGCACUGAAAGUGAAACUUGCUGAAGAUCACAACAUUUCUGGCAGUGAGACAUUGGUAGGGUUUUGCAGUAACAGGUUCAUGCGUUAUUGCGUCAUGGAUUCAAGGUACCGGAUCUGAAUGCUUACUUAGAUUAUUCAGUCUUAUGCAUUGUACAUACCUAUAUCACCCAGUGUAUUCAGAAUGAAAGAUGUACCAAUAGAC